CUCGCUUUAAUUGCCCAAUCCCCAUCACUCGUUGACCAGUUAUCUCGAUCUUUACAAUGUACAAACUCCUCACUGCUUCUCUCCUGGCCACCGCCGCCCUUGCGGCUGGCCACAACGGUCUCAUUGCCCGCCAGGUUUCCAGCUGUGAAUCGCACAUUGGCUACAAGACCUGCAAGUCUUCCUGCAUUCCCGUCACCUACAGCUGCUGCGAUAUUGGCGAGGGCGGCUGCGAGCCAGGCACCUACUGCACCGACGACGGCUGCUGCCCCAUCGGGGAGAUCUGUAGUGGACCUGGUGGUACCGUGACUGGAACGUUGACCGAUACCAUCACCAACACCUUGACCAACACUCUUACCAGUACUCUGACAAACACCCUCACCGAGACCGCGACGCCUACUACUACUGAGGAAACCACUUCCACUUCUACCUCUACUUCUACUUCUACUUCUACUUCCACCUCGACCUCGACCACUACAUCUCGUCCCGUCAUCCCCACCCAGCCCACGGUCACCUCUCCAAGCGGGACCCCGUCGCCCUCCGGCUCCUCCACCGCCAGUCCUUCCCUCCCUCUGUUCACUGGCGCUGCGUCGCGCCUGAACGCCGGCAUGGGUGCUGUGGCUGGUCUGAUCGCGGGAGCUGCUCUCCUGUAAUCCUCACAGGAGCCUACGCCUUUACGAAGCAGUUCUAGUUAGCAGAUGUGUCGAAUUGCAAGAGAUUGUCUUUGCUAUGUACUGCUACUGCAACGACUUAUAGCCU